AUGUCCAGAGCUGGAUUUGAAGAUGUGCUGAUAUUGGGUCGAUUUGUCGAGAAACUUGCAAGUAUUGCUGGCUAUCAGCAGGUACGUGUUGACGAAGACAAUUUAUCGGCUAAUACGUCAUGUGGUUCGGAAUACGAGGAUGAAAUUGACGAGGAAAUCGAAUAUCUUGUUUGGCAAGCUAAAGCAAAAAAGGUGGAUCGGCCUCGUCCAAUCUUGAUGUUUGUCGAAGAUAACGUCCUCCCUCUCGGCUUUUCCUUCCCUGGCGGCAGUGCCGGAUAUUUCGAGAUCACUCAUACGCCAAGCGACACCCACUACCGAUUUGCCUAUAUGCCGGGUGUGAAUCGCACGUAUGAAUUGGCGCCGGAAGACUGCGGCCGCCGAGCAGCGGGAAGAUUAACUUAUCUCAUGCAUAAUGUAAUGUUACAGAAUCCACCCAACAAAAACAAUCAACGAUCUUUCUCAAUCGCUGAACGAAGCAGUGAUCCAGUGGUUGCCGAUAUGUGUGGGCUCAAAUGGCAGCAA